AUGAUUCGAUGUUUCGAAUUACUGGUUUUCUUUAUGUUGAAUGUUAAAGGAAAUUGUUAUUCGUUGAACAUUGCCUUGCUCUUUUUUGUUGCAGGAGCUGUGAAAAAGAUAUUUGACAAGUAUCUUCUUGAGAUAAACAAGGAACUCUCAUAUGUUCACUUUGAGUUAAAGGCUUGUAGAGAUCAAUAUGAUGGACAGAUUGCAUUCUUUAAAGGCAUUAUAGAAGCAAUUGCACAGGAUGAAGCUGCUCAAGGUUGCAUAUCAAGCUUUGAUGCCCUCAAUAUCCGAUUGGACUAUCAGGUCAAAUCAUAG